AUGAAGCGUGCGCGCGAUGGGGAAGAUGAUGGCGAACAUACAGCCAAAGUACAGCGGCUCCUGAAUCCCGAUCGACUAUCAAAGCUCAGCGAAGAACUUCUCGUGCGCGUAUUGUCAUUCGUGCCAGUACCCUCGCUAUUAGUAUGCCAAAGGAUAUCGAAGAAGUUCAGCCGCCUUUCUGUCGACUCGGAACUAUGGAAAGCCGCCUACUACCGCACAUUCGUCCUGCCGAGAGCAUCGCGCAUCCCGGGCAUCAAGGGCCCUGCGAACCCUAAUCGGCUACACUACUCCUCCCGCCUGUCCAAAUGGCUAGACGACGGCUAUCUGGUCAAGGAUGGUACACAAACCAACUGGAAGCAACAAUAUCGGCUACGGCAUAAUUGGACUCAGGGACAAUGCGCCGUCAGCGAGAUCGUGGUCGCCGAAAGGCCUCCAGAUCCGCCGCUGCUAGUCAUGAUGUCCAACAGCAUCAUCUACGCCGCCGAUUCCAUGUCAGGCCUCCGAGCGUGGGAUUCGAAGAAUGACAGGGAAUUGCUGGCGUCUUCCGAACUGUCUGGUGAUACAGAUACAGCUCGAUUGCCAACCUCCAUGGCUACAGACGCUAACAACACGGGCGACGAUAAAGAACGAGUCGUUGUAGGCUUCGAGGAUGGCUCCUUCUCCAUAUACGCUCUCAGAAUAGACCAAAGGACGAGCCGAAAGACGUUCACAAAUGUCUUUACCCAUCCGCCAUCGACCAACGGAAUGCUAUCGGCUCUCGCAUACUCAUCGCCUUACCUCGUCACCAUGACUGAAGACCACCUACUCUCACUAUACGCCUUCGAGAGCAUACCAGGCACCACUGGCCUUUUAGACGCACCCAAACUCCUAUACUCCCUACGCUCCAACACAGCAUGGCCACCCGUGUCGCUCUCGCUACGAACAACAGCAACGAGCAUGACCGCCGCCAUCGCAUACUCCUUGCCCACUUAUCUAUCUGGCUGGACAGUUGGCGUGCAAGAACUGAUACUGUCACACAAGGGCGAUUUGAUCGAGUCACGAUUAGCUACUGCGGCAGACGAGCACUCCUUCACACUUUCUGCAUAUCGCUCGACCUCGUCCGACAGGCUGCCGCCAUCGCCUUCAUCCAACAGCGCAAGAGAAGCGUCUGUACCGAGCGGGCCGAGUCGAUCGAAACCCACCUCCAUGUCGUAUUCCCACCCGUAUCUGCUUGUCGCACAUCCCGACAACACAUUAUCGCUCUACCUCGUCCGGUCCACAUCGCAGGCACUUUCGAUAAGCUCCGGCAACCGUCUCUGGGGCCAUACAUCUUCAAUAUCUGGUGCUCAUGUCGGCAUGCGCGGCAAGGCCGUGUCCGUGAGUAGAAGAGGAGACGAGCUCCGGGUAUGGGACUUGGAGGGUGGCAUGACUUCUUCGGCAAACCGCAGGCGCUCAAGAAACGGACAUUUGAGUGUUCGUGUGCAGCCUUCCAAAGCCAGUGAGGAGCAUACACAGGAUGAUGAAUCAGGGCAGCAGGUAGGCUUGCGAUUCGCUCUAGACCAGGGGUUCGACGACUCUUCCGUUAGUCGCGGUUGGGUUGGUUUCGACGAGCAGAAUGUGAUUGUGCUGCGAGAAAAGAGCGAAGGUAGUCAAGCUUUGGUGGUAUACGACUUUACGUGA